AUGGACAAUCUUGACGACCUUUUUGGCGAUGGUGAUGCAGAUGGCAUCAACGCUGCUAUCGCUGCAUCUCUUGAUACCGAUGCUCUCUUCCAAAGAAUUGAGCGCUCCCACGUUGUAGGCUGUUGCCAGAGGCUAGCAUGGUCUAGGACCAGUUGUGUUGCUCAAAUAUCUGCGGAUUCUCGUAAGAUUUUCGUGCGGGCCCUUUGCCGCGACAAAGAUACCGCAAAAUGGUCGCUGUCUGGUGAGACCGAAGUCAAUGCCUCAGAAGAUGCCAUCUUCACUCAUGUCGAAUGGAGCAGCUCUGGUCUUGACCUGGUCGCUGCGGAUCAAUUUGGUCGGUUGACUCUUUUCAGCCUUACCCAUGCUUUGAAUAGUCUCGAACGCCGUCCAGUCAACCUGAGCAGUACUGUGGACGAUUUGAAUCAAAUUGUCGGGCUUCACUGGUUUCCUUUGAACCUUGCUGGCCAGAAUCGCACUGCUUUGAUCCAUCCUGCUCACAAGGAAGGUGACCGAUGGAUCAACAACAUGAGGCUUCACGAGGUUCAUGGCGUCUCGAACCCCAUUGACAACAAGGCUGCGUUUAUAUGCGUCACUCGUAGAAGUCUUGUCAAAUUGAUCUAUGAGCAACCCGGUCAGCCAUGGACUCAAUUCAACUUGAGCCUGGACAGCCUGACUGACUCCGGAGACGUGCUCACUCACGCUUCCUUCUGUCAAGCAAAUCAACACCUUGUCAUGGCCACAUAUGAUAGCUCCAAGCGAUUACGCCUCUACAAGAUCAUGAUCCACUGGAACUCCAAUACUGGAGAUGGCAACAACCAAAAACCUACCCUUAACCCUCAGAUGGCCGUUCUGCAUGUUGAACUACUUGAUCAAUGUGUCCCUCAAUCCUCAGAACGAGCAGCUAGUGCUCAACUCUCAUCUCUGCACAUCGAGCCAAUCUCGCAAGCCAUAGAAAAUAGCACCUUUACGGUCGUGGCUGUCUUCACCAGCGUAGCCCAGGAUCAUGGUGGCAAGUUCAGUAUCAUAUCUCGUUGGGAACUCCAACAAGCCGACACCACGUUGCAUGAUAGCUUCAAAGGCUUAAAGCCAACAGCUGCACAACCCGCUGCUCAGAAACCCGUGCAGAGGCUGCAUCGAUUAGAGGAUGUGUUUUCGCAAAAGGCCAUUCUAGCUCUUCAAAGUAAUGUAUAUCACAACACGUUUGCAUUCGCGGCGAGUGACGGUACAGUCGAGUUUCGUUCUCGAGAAACCAUGCAAAUCAUCUUAGCGGAUGGAGAUACAAAUAAAGCGACAAGCUUACCGCAGAAUGGCUUUUCGUUCAUGGCUUCUGAUUGCAUCGACAUAUCGCUUUCGCCUAGUAUGGCUGCUUCGAUCAUCACCAAACCAGACGGCACAAUUCAGCUUCACAACGCCGAAUAUCUUCACGGCUGGAAAGAUGCUAAAGAGGACGAUGAUCUCGCACAGGCUGCGGUUGUGUCUUUGGCUAGAGAGCUCGGUAUCGUGACCUGCUAUCAGAUUGGUUUUGAUGACUUGCUAUCCAUGAUACCAACGGAUUUGGACAGAAGUCUGCGACGUAGGUUCAUCAGCGAAAUAUUCCGCACGAUCAACCGAAAUCUCGAUUUCUCCCUCGAUGACCAGAAGGUGCAGUCAGGCAAGGUCCUGAAAGACAGCCUUCUGUACAGAAUUGCUAGUGCCCAGCUCAUUAUUAGCUACCAGACCGAUCCCAAGCGACGAGACAUCCCUGCAAAGGUGGCAUGGAUGCUGCUGAAUCUUCGCUCGGUGUGCACCAACAUUGCACAAACUUUGACCAUGACCCAGCAGAUCAGAGGCAUGUACAACAUGGAGCCCAGCCUGUUCGUGUCACUCAAGGGAUUGGCUAGAUGGUCACUUGAUCUGAUGAUACUGAUUCUUGACGACAUGAUCGAAAUUAUGCGCUUCUGCAAUGGCAACUUCGACAGAGAACGGAUAUUGUCUUAUGUGCAUGAGAAGAACACCGCAGCCGUGCACCUUCUACUGAACAGCACAUCGCGAGCACUGCUGGCUAUGUUGGGAAACCUAGUUCGUAACUUUGCCCUGCGCAUUCCCAAGACUCAGGAGAAGGUACGCCUCAGCAGCAGAGCGAACGACAUUCGAGACAGCGCAGAAUUGCAACAAAUGGAAACUAUGAUGGGCUCGGAUCUACCAUUUGAUAUCAGACUUUUCGAGCACCUCAUUAUGGAGAUCGAUGGUGCUGUGCGUGCAACAUACCAAACAGCGCAAUCAUCAGCUCCAUUGCGUAGCCAUCUUGAGCAAAGUAUGCUCGUCGAAGCCGACAUACCUGAGGUGCUGAGUCCAGUGCUACAGAGGCUGUUUGGCGAUAUAAUGCCACGUAUCGAAAGUCAGGUCGAUGGCGUGGCUAUCUAUACUGCAGAUACAGCAUGGUUAGGACUCGGCGAAGACGAAGAAGCAAACAAGCGAGCAGGAAUGCAACAAUACGAUGUUCUGCGCAAGUGUGCCAUCGCGCCAGGCGCGAAGAUCAGACAGUGCAGGAGAUGUGGCAGUGUCAUUGAGAAUUUGGUGGACGGACAUUCAGCUGCUUGGGUGCAGAACGCGCACAAGAUGUGUGUUUGUCUCUCGCAUUGGGUUGUCGCAUGA